CGUUGCAGGCGUUGGUGCCUCAUUCUUAAGGUUCCCCCAACUGCCGCUGCGGAGCUGGCCGGAGCGUUAGGGACUUCUCCCGGCACAGGCGGGGCGACCUCACGCAGGGCAGCUGCGCCCUCCUGGUUUGUCGCUGAGAGUCCAGGCGCGGAAGUGCCUGGACGACCGCAGGGGCCUGAUCCUGCGCCUCCUGGAAGGGAAUCGGUCUAAAUUAGGGAAAGAAGCUCGCCCGUAAUCUACCUAGAGGUUCGCUUAGUUUGGGCCUUACCCCCACAAGCGAAGUAUUCGCUCUUCUGUUUGAGGGAGAGGCUGGGACUCAGGAAGAGAACCAUUCUGUGCUUGAAUUGGGAAUGAAAUCUUCUGAAAGCUCAGAACAGAAAGCUUUUUGUUCAACAUGGAGGAUAAAAGACAGCGAGCCCGAGUGCAGGGAGGCUGGGCUGCUCCUGCUAAGAGCCAGGCCCCUGCUCAACCAGGCAAGAACCUGCAGGACUAAUGCUACUAGGAGCCGUCUUCCCCAGACACCUGCUCAGACCUGGAGGAACAAGGAGCAACAUCUAUCUGACAGAGAAUUUGUGUUCAAAGAACCCCAGCAAGUGGUACGCACAGCACCGGAACCCAGAGUGAUUAACAGGGAAGGUGUUUUUGAAAUCAGCCUGGCACCCACAGGUAUAUCUAGGGUGUGUUUAUAUCCUGGCUUCAUUGAUCUGAAAGAAGCGGACUGGAUAUUGGAGCAGCUCUGUCGGGAUAUUCCCUGGAAACAGAGGAUGGGCAUCAGAGAGAAUAUAACUUAUCCGCAACCAAGACUUACAGCAUGGUAUGGAGAGCUUCCUUACACUUACUCAAGAAUCACUAUGGAACCAAAUCCUCACUGGCAUCCUGUGCUGAGCACUCUGAAGAGCCGUCUUGAGGAGAACACAGGCCACACCUUCAACUCCUUGCUCUGCAACCUCUACCGGGAUGAGAAGGAUAGUGUGGACUGGCACAGUGAUGACGAGCCCUCACUGGGGAGGUACCCCGUCAUUGCUUCACUCAGUUUCGGUGCCACUCGGACUUUUGAGAUGAGGAAGAAGCCCCCACCUGAAGAGAAUGGAGACUAUACCUAUGUGGAAAGAGUGAAGAUCCCCUUGGAUCACGGGACCCUGCUCAUCAUGGAAGGGGCCACACAGGCUGACUGGCAGCACCGAGUGCCCAAGGAAUACCACUCAAGAGAAUCCAGAGUAAACCUGACCUUUCGGACCAUUUAUCCAGACCCCAGAGGGGACCUCCAGUGAUGGGAGAUCUCUGUAACAACGCUACAGGGAGGGCCAUGUGCUGAAACCCAGCGCCCCCCAUGCCCCCGAAGACCCUUGAGAAGUAGCACCAUGUGCUCUCACGAUGUGGCUGUUUGGAAAUGGUGGCCCUUGCUUCCCAGGUCCUAGUCCUUCCAAGACCAUCACCAGUGCUUCCUGUUCCAUGGCUGCUGAGAUAACCUCUGAACCAAGCAUUGUCAUGAGGCAAACUGAAAACUGCUACAGUGUGCUCACAGGUGACUUGGUCCAUUAGCUGUCUUGCUCAUGCCCUCCCCGCUCUAAUUUGAAGAAAUACAAAUGGUCUUGUGUUCCUGGGGAAAAUCUGCACGUGUUUGUUCCUUGUGACAUUAGCGAAGUGGAGAUAUAAAUAUGUGUCAGCAGCUCUGGAGCCUUCUGCAAGCGGACAGCUGCUGAAACCCAAACAGAGGUGGCUUCUCAGAGCUUUGUUGAAGUCUUCCUUGACUCCUUAACAUCUUGCCUUAUAUGUUAUUGUAAUGGAAAGCUGCAUCAUCAGAGACUGUUAAGCUGAGUCUCCCAGCUGUCGGUCUUCCUGGGGCAUACUCAGAAGGCUACAGGCCUCAGAAUAAAGAGAAGGUAGCGUGCUCCUGUCCACACCCCACUCACCUGUACCCCUUGUAAGGAAAGAAUGCUGUCUCCUGGAAGGGAGAAAUAAUAGGAUGUCAAGAGAAACAGGCUGAAAGUUUGGCCAAAGAGCCACAAAUGCCCUAUUGGUGACAACUGUUCCAAAUAGAUUGGCUUCCCCUAGAGAAUUCCUUGAGUCAUUUAAACCCAAGCCGAGAGAAUCAGAGAGGCCCUGCAGGGAAUAGCCUGGGUGACCUCAUGCUCUCCUCACCUUAGAUUUCAGAAGCUGGUGACUAAGGCGCUUUUCUGACUCAGUGUUCUCUUUUCCACAGGUUCCUAGGUUAAAGGGUUAGUCUGUGAUGUCACCAAGAUUCCCCAAACAGAAAAAAAAAAUGACUGCUCCUUGUUGCAUCAUAAAAGCAUGUGUCUCCUUGACCUCCUCUCUCAGGAGCAGUGUCCCAGAUUAACUCAAACCCCAGAGAGUGAAUUUCAAUGGUCAAAAAUAGGACACGGGUGUUAGAGUUUCUCUCUCCCCACUGGGAGGAAAAUUUAUAUUUCCUUCUUGAGUUUUGUCCUGUUACCAUUCCACACAGUGAGAUGGGUGGUCCCUGCAGUCGUGGGAGAGUGCCAGAGACUGCACAAGCUUGCUCUGAACUCAGAUGGAGCCAGCCUGGCUCAGGCUCUGUUCUCCCACCAGUUCUCUGGCUUCCUGUAUCAGUCUCUGCUUUUUAAAAAUAUGUAUAGCUCCUUUCUGUAAGAAAUACAAAAUGCUGUAAACAAUUUGAGCAUCAUACUAAGCUUUCCGAGGAAGAAGGUAUGAAUCAAUCACCAAGAACACAAGGCCUUUAUUCAGCUGUUCUCCAGUUAACUCCAAGAAAACCUGGCCAGGAUGGUAGGACAGGCUUGGACUAGGAGUUUGACAACUGACACUGGGAAAUUCCUUUCCCUUUCCUCACAGACGAAAGGCCUGGCAGAUGGUUCCAAGUCAUCCAGUACCCCAUCCCCACUGUAGGAUGUUGAUCUCCCUUACAUCAGCCAGCAUCUGAUCUCUGCCCUCAUUACACCUCUGUCUGUCAGGGGGACAGAUUCUUUCUCUCCAGCAAACAGGCUGGGCCUCCACCUGGGUUUCAGUUAGAGCAAGUCCUAACUUUUGUUCCUUCCUGUUACUAUAGACUCCGUAUGCCCCGGGCACCGUCCAUUUCCACCACUGAGAUCCUGUCCCUUUUGAAAUGCCAAGCAGAUUUUUUUCCAUGGACUAGAACUGCAGGGAUGGACAGGAAAAACAGAGCAUGCAAUGUACAGUCACUGUAGCAGCCUGCUGUAGAUCCUGCCUUAGCACUGGGGUUGAGCUGCCUUUCUAACACAAAACAUGUAAAACAAGAGUAAGCUAGUACACAGCUGUGUAGCAUGGAGAAAAACAAGUUUUAUUUUUUAGUUGCCCUUUUCUAUGAGCUUCAGCAGGCUGCAGGCCCUGUCCUGGGCACUUGCUUUCAUACAUAAUCUCUAAUCUUCCCCACAUCAAUUACCUUGUGUAGACAAGAAACUGAGUCUCUAAGAAGCAUUUUAGUAAGGACUUGUGACUGGUUGUGCCAGAUUUCAAAGCAAGCUAAUCCUUAAGCAUGUAUGCCUUUUGCACUUCCAUGUGGAACUGAGGUGGAAUCCUCUGAGGUCUCCUUGCUGGGAACCCAAGUCACAGGCCACAGCCAGCUUCAGGCCACCUGGGGGUCCUCUACUUUGUUGUGCAUCAGGGCAGCUACCUGCAUCUCAUGUCUGCUCAGCCAAUAUAAACAGCUCCUAGUCAGAAUCUGUACUGCCCACUGGAUUAGCAAUUGGCUGUUUAGCUGGGAAACCUAGUUUAAGGAGCUAGAAUUCAGUUUGGGAUGAAUUUAGAAACAAUCUCAGCCAACCUCUCCAGCAAAUGGUUUCCGAUCAUAUCUAAGCAGGUACAUCUUGGAAUUUAACAGGUGAGUGAAUUUCUCCCUGUGGUCCUUUCUGUGAGUACAUGUGGGGACCCCUGAAAGGAUAAGGCUUCUUAACAUAACUACUUUGGUCAGCAGACAGCACCCUAGAAAUGUCUUGACAGUAGGCACUGCCCCAAGGCACAUGUGGGACAGCGUGACUCAGCCACUGCUGAAACCGGCACUGCUUUGGUCCAGGUUCCGUAGCUCAGCUGAUGAUCCCCACCAUGUUUGGGUCAGGACUAAUAAAUGAAUGUCCUCUAGGCUCCUACUCCCUGCUGCCUCUGUGUGACGGCUUUGACUCUGCCCUAGUACCUGGCAGGUCAGUCAGAACCCUAUCAUCCAUGGGCCCAGGUUGCUGAAUGGUGUCAUAACCCUCAAAGAAUUAAGUAGGCCUGUGCUGAGCAGAGUGCUUCCCAUGGAGGGUCAGAGAAAAGCCGGACAGAUGAUGGGCCCUGCCUGCUGGGAAUACUUCUUAAGCUCUGGCAGCUUGUUCUUGGCUGCAGAAUAUCCAAGACCCACUUUGCCUUUUCUGGUCAUAAACACUUUGGUAGUGUUGAAUCUGAAGUCCUGAUUAUUUUUUAAGGUUCCUUUGAAAAAGCUAGUUGUUUCCAUAGUGAUGCAUUCUGUUUGUUAAAUCCUUAUACGUGAUUCCACCCACAGACUCCCCUCCAAGGGACUAGUUUACAACAGCCCUUUCCCAUUUUCUCUUUGGAAGAAACACCCAUAGGAGACCCCUGUUAGAUUUGUGCUGCAGGAAUCUGCUCUUAGAUAAGAUUGCUCAGUCUAUAGGGGUUAAUAGGCAAAUGGCUUUGAUGUUGUUUAUUAGUGUGAAACAUAGGGUAAUGUGCUUUUCCCAGUUGAUUAGUAGUCACAUGCCUGAGUGUUACAAAAGCCUUUCCCAGCCUCUGACCAAAGCCCCAGUUUGGGCCAGGGAAUUUGUUAGUGUUUGAAUCUGGGAUAGGCAAUGUGAGAGAACCAGCUAGGAAACAAGGUGAGUCAGGGAGUCCUUUGUACUACUACAGAAACCAGUCUUCUCCAGCCAUCCCCCUUGACCUGGAAGAGGGGCAUGUGAUAUCAUCCUAAGGAUGCAGUCUGCUAUCAUUCCCCCUCCUGGGAAUAGUGAUGUCACUCAGCACAGGGACAGUCCCAGUUCUCAUGUGGCCUCAGGAGUAUGUGUCAGCCCAAGAAGGACCUUGGCCUCAGCUUCGACCCCAUUGACUUGGCUCUGAAGACAAAUCCUGAGGUCUGAAAAGGGACAGAAGGGAGCCCAGAGAGCAGCUGGGCUGUUGGGCCCACUGCCUCAGAUCGGAAUUCACAGCCUCACCUGAGUUAUAUUUUCUAAAUGCCCAGGGAAAAUGAGGCGCCUAGAAGACUUAACGGUUCCGGGGCUGGAGAGUGUGGUGGGCGGAGAGCCCGGUCCAGCUGCGUAGCAGAGCACCUUGGUCGGAGCGCGCUGACUGGGGCUCACAGCCGCAGGGACCACGGAGGAAGACGUGGGCCGCGGGCGCCGGAGGGCCGCGAAACCGGGAGCAAUCAGCCGCCCACCAGGAAGGGCGUGGGCGCACAGUGACGAGCUUGCCGCCCCCUGGGGCUCCAGCGGCACAGCUAGCCAGAACCCUAGCAGCGCAGCCCAGGGGCCUGCCGCGAGCUUGGCGGCCUCGUCUUCUCAGAGGCUGCAAACAGGAAGGGCCGCCUCCAUCGGACAGUGGCCUCCGUGGGAUCCGCGCCACCAGCUCCAAGCCCCCUGCAGGAGCAAGGCUGCACACGCGCGCGCACACACACACCACACCCGUGUUGAGGAGACACACACACACACACACACCCGUGCUGAGGAAUGCUGGUGGGGUGGUGUACGACCCAGGGCUGUACCCACUGCGGGACCACACUGGCCUGGAGAGGCACACCACUCACACAGGCCAGAGGGCUCCGUUGGGCGCCUUCCUGAGAUGCUGCCUCUGAAAAUGUAUCACGGCAUUAGAGUCCAUUUUCUUCCCAGCACCUCCUUCUGACCUUAGCCUUCAGCCUCCGUUCACUGUGAGGGAGAAGGGGAAACAGCAAACCACCAAAGGCUUGCUGAAGAGGUGGGCCAAUGGGAACGCAGUCCCUUUCUCUCCCUGAAGUCCUGCGGUGUGUAGGGACUGCUUCCUUCACUGAAUUCUGGGAUCUCUCAGCCUCCUAAAUAUCCCGGGGCAGUACAGGAUGAACACAUAUCAGCUGCCCACCCAGGGUUCAUCUGCCACUUCCGACUGACCUAGUGAACUUGGGGGACAAGGAGCAGCCACAGAAUGGCCUAUUGGGGCUGCCCGCCAACAGCACUAUUGUUGGUCCUCACAGUGGUUCCCAACCAGGUGGUUCCCAACUGUUGAGGACCACUGUGUAAUGCACUGUACCAACUGGUUAGUUCAUUAGGUAGCAGCACCUCCUGGGUCAAGGCCGGCCUGGGUUCAUGACCCCUGGUUUGCAGGGGGACAUGCCUCUUUCAGUCACAGUGCUGUCUAGAAGGGCAGGAUUAGGGAGCAGCUUGACAGCAGCAGCUCCACUCCAGCCUCCUCUAUGAAGAGGAAGGUUCAACCUGGACUUGUACCCCAGCUCUGCCCUUCCCAAAUCACCUGGGAGCAGCCAGGCAACCUUCCAACCUGUCUCCUCAGCCACAAGCCACAGAGCAUUCUCCUCUAAGGGGCCUUGAAAGGGUUGACAUCAUGCUUGUCAUGUGCCUGAUGGUAGCAUGCUAGUAAUACAGUUCUUUGGGGACUGGAGAGGUGGCUCGGCGUUAAGAGCACUGGCCACUCUUGCAGAGCAUGGGGGUUCAAAUCCCACAUGGCAAACAACCGACAACGGCCUUCAUCUGUCUUCUGCCAAUACUGCAUGAGAUGCAGGUGCACUUGCAUGCAGGUCAUAUACUCAUACAACUAAAAUAAAAAUAAAGGAUUUCUUG